UCGACGAUAAAAACCAAACUUUAGGAAUCAGGCUAACCAUUUCUUAUCUUCCUAACUUCUCAUCAAAUACCCAAUCCCUUUCUUCUUCUCUUAACGAAAUUCUUCAUCUCCUCCUUCAAGAAAUAUUCCUGAUCCGCUCCAACAGAAAACCCCUCCCAUACUUUCUCCAGGAAGAAGGAAGGAAAAGCAAUGGAAGGAAACAACUCCUCUUAUGGUACAUCAUGGGCCGAUCAGUGGGACUACAGCGACCCAACCCCUGUCAGCACCACUCAGAACAAAAACAAGAAGAGCAGCACCGCAAAGUACAAGCAGAAGGUAGGAGAAGGGCUUGGGAAGACCAAAGCGGUGGCUUCGACUGGGGUGAAGAAGGUCAAAGAAGGAACCUCUUUGGGAAUUCAUUGGAUCAAAGAAAAGUACCACAAGACCACCCAGAAACACUAGGAAUAGGAUUUUCUCCUGCACCCCGGCGUAACAUGUUAUACUUAACUUGGACUUUAAGCUUUGGUUAAUCUCGUUGGGUUUCUAUACUAUCUUUUGUUAUUGUCUUCAUAUUUUACUCAUGAUAUGGCUCAUUUGUUUAGUGCUUUGUUUUUUAUGUAAAUUUUUAUGUGAAUAAGUGAAUAUAAAGGCCGCAUGGGCUGUUGUAAUAUUUGAGAUCUGAAA